AUGUUUGCGAUUUUCUCAAUCCUUGCAACAUCUCAAUUACUGAAAUUGGGAUAUUCUAAAAUCAAUUUUCAAGAUGGAGAUGCACUUGUUGUGCCUUCAACCCAAAAUGUAAAAUACGCCGUUUUCAUUAACCUUUCUGAUAGUGAAAUACUUGCUAAAGCUGAUCUUAAACCUGGAGCUAAUUAUACGGCUAAAAAUAGUACCAAAGGAGAUGUCCCUUGCUAUGUUUUCUCUUACCCUUCAACUCUAAAAAGUAUUAUUACCUAUAACUACAACCUCAGUGGAGCAAAUAUUCCUGUAAACACUAUUUUGUUUGGAUUCUUUUCCCAAAUAGUCGAAGCUCGGUUUUCUCUUACAGAUCCUAACAAAACUUUCUUAUCAACUGAAUUUGAAGUUAAACUCGGUGAUAACCAUCCAGAAUCUGGAAAAUAUCUUGAUACAUGUGGUCUACUUUAUUUCGCUCUCGUAAACAAUGAUACCAAACCAAUGAACUGCACUCUUUGUGAUCCAAUUUUUCAUCUUGGAAAUUACAGUAUGACAACUUCUAAUUUUACACAUAAUUCUUCUGCACCCUCAGUAGCAACCGGAAACCUCGUUUGUGUUGCCCCAGGUCAUUAUUUCGCAUUUCGUAAUUAUUCAUCAAUGAAUACAACUAUUUCCAGUAAAUACAAUACAACGGAUUUAGUUUCAGCUGCAGCCGGUAAGCCUCAUGUUUUCCUUAUAUACAAUAAGACUGGAAUUGAUGCAGUAUUAUACUUAGCAAAGAGUCAAGUUGUUAAAAUUAAUACAUCCGAACUUUCCACAUCCAGUUCAAAGUUAGCAAUCAUUGCCUCCGAUCAAUUGCUUAGGACUGGAUUUAUGUUAUCUCCAGAAGUUUCUGUAAAUGCUUACUUUGGAAUUAGUAAUAUUGGAAACCCUACAACAGUUUCGGGAUAUCAAUCAAUUGAUGUCUUUUGCUAUGUUCUUGAACUCAAAUUAAAUUCUUCAGGAAAUGUAUCUGCAUAUACACAAGGUAUUGUUGAAACAUAUUAUUAUGCAGGAGAAACUGCUCCUAAUUCUACUGCUCCUAAUUCUACUGCUCCUAAUUCUACUGCUCUAGUCGGCAAUCUAUUCACAGUAGAUUCAACAGAAUACCAAAUUGUAACUUCAGCAAGUACUACUACUGGAGCUGCCCUGUUAAACAAAGAUAAAAAGUGCCUAUUCCCACCAGGUUAUGUUCUAACUUACAAGAAUUCCACUGCAGCUGGAAUUCAAUAUGAAACAAAUGUAUACACUUCAUCUGAAGACAGUACUAAAAUUUUCAUUUCCAGCUCCCUCUACACUAAUUCCCUUAUCCUUUCAGGAAAUAUUACUUCCUAUAAAAUGGUGAGCCCACAAAACAAAUCAUUCUCCAUCAUUUACUACAGCACUAAUGAUACAAGCGUUAAGUUCUUUGCAGAAGCAACAAACAUUGUUAUUUCAAGUGGCACAACUUCAGGAUAUAUUCAAACAACUGCACAAUUUUACAGCGAAAUUCAGGUCCCUGCUGGAAAAUACGCUGGCUUUAUUUCAUCAACUUACACCGGCUCAGAUACAGUAGAACAGAAAGGUCAAAUAGCAGUUUCUGAUUCAAUCUACCCAUUAAUCGCUGGUAAAAAACAAAUUAAUGUUACAUCUAGCGGUGUUACUGUCAUCACCCCUCCAAGUACUGAGGGCAAUACAGGUGUUGCAAUCUUCACAAAUCCAUCAGGCUUCAAAGCUAACGGUACAGAUCUCAAGACAACAUACAUUAACUCAUCUAGGAUGGCAAUCACAGGAACAGGAACAUUAGAUGUUGCAUUCCUUAUGAUUCCAACAACAACAUCUGUUUCAACUGUUAUCAACAUGGACAAAGCUCACUACAUGAUCCAACCACCAAAAGAUCUUACUCAAAAAUACAUUUUCAUCUUGGCAUCCACAAAAGGAUUCUAUUACUCCUUCGUCCCUGGUGAUAAAGUAUUGUUAAAUUAUUACCAAGGUAAUGGUUUUUUAGCUGGCUCUGGUACAAUCACAACAACAACAUCAUACACAUACCCAAUCUAUGGUGUUCUCACAUUUGCAGAAGGUGCCACUGCUUCCCAGCUUAACUGUGUUGCUGCUGAAGCUAUUCCAGAUGGUGCUUCUAAGACCAACGGCCCACUCGCUGAUGGUUACACUGACAUCCUCACCAAACAUUCAGGUGAUUGGACAGCUAUUGAUAAAAACUUCCCAUCCCAACUUUCAAGUGGUGCCUACUACCUCCUUCCAAAGAAAGAAACAACAUUCACUGUCAACGCCGCAUCUGAUGUCUUCUUUGUUCCAGACGACAAGGAUGCGAAGGCUUCAUGCAUCUUAGUUUACUCUAAGGAAAACUCUGAGAAGCUUCUCGGUUACGAUAUCUUCGAAAAGAAGAUUUACGGUGUCCACUUCUCUGCUUCAAGCCAAAUCAGACUGAAAUCAGAGAAGGCAAUCGCCGUUUACGUCUUCCCAUCAUCUGGGGUCGCAGGCAGAAGUGUCUACUUCUUCUCUGGCAAGGAAGGCAAACUUGAAAAGCCAGCUGAUGCUAAAGGCGAAAUUGAUGUCUACAUUGGUUUCUCAAGAAAGUCAUACGCCGUUGUAACACUUGAUGAAGCAGGUGCUGCCAAUCCAAAGACUAUCACAGGUGCCGCGGCCUUGUCAGUCUCUGGACUCCCACUCGCCUACACAUUCAGUAACCUUACCAAGUUCAAAAACAUCAGCUACACACUCCCUGGAAAUACAGGUGACGAAGUUACCUCAACAAUCUCAUCUACUUCAUCUGAUUCAUUCGUUGAAUACAACAGCAAGAAGGCAGAUGCUGAAGAAAUUAAGGAUGGAGGUCUCCCAGGAUGGGCUAUCGCACUCAUCGUAAUCUUCAUCAUCCUCUUCAUCGGUAUCGAUAUCGGCCUCGUCUUCCUCGUCAUUUGGUGCAAGAAGAACGAAAAGCACCCAGACUUCAACGUUGAAGAAGAAGACGCACUCGAGGAAGCUGGCGACGAAGAAAAGAAGGACGAAUACGAACACCCAGAUGAUCAAAACCCAGGUGCUGCCAGAACAAACGAUAUGGCCAAUCCACAGGCUUCCCCUGAUGAACCAUUAAAUGCUUAA